AUGUUAGGAAGCGAUCCGAACGCCAUUUCUCAGCCGAAAUCAACUGCGCAGACGAGCAGGCUCGACGCGUAUCGUGCAUUGGCUGCCACCGCGCCGCGGUCAUCACCCACGUCGGCGGACGUCACUCUCACGCGCCAGACCCUCGACGAUGAGAUAUUCGGUGUAUCUACUCUUCUGGCUACACUCAAGGAAAGGCGCAAUGAACUUGCCUUGCCGUCACUCCUGCCACCAGAGAUCUUAGCGCAGAUCUUCGCUUUCCUAUCCAAUUCGGAUUAUCAGAUCAACCUCAUUCGCCCAAAAGCCCCACACGAUCCUCCUCGUACUCUAGGAUGGGUCUACGUGUCCCACGUCUGUCGACGAUGGCGCCAUGUCUGCCUAACACAACCCUCGUUAUGGACUCUUCUAAAGGCCGACCAACAUCGACUUUGGGACGUGUUCCUUGAACGCGCCAAAGAAGCGCCUCUAUUCAUAACGGGUCGUGCGGUCCAUCUCGACAGCGCCUUCGUGUUGGAGUCCAUACUGAAGCAUCGGCACCAUAUCCAGGAUCUGGCAUUGGCCGGCAUGAGCGCUCGCCAGGCAUUCAAUCUUACAGAAGGGCUCGAAGGUGCCCUACGCAAACUUCGUUUGCUCUUUCUAUCAUGCCCGCCCUCUCUACUCCCAGCAAGACCGUGUUUACCACCUGGGUUUCUGACUCACAUGGCACCAAAUCUCGAAUAUCUGAGGCUUGAGUACGUCCAGUUCCCGUGGGGAGAAGGCUCUACGAAACUCAAAAUAUUACGCUACCGCCCUGAUAUUAUGUCUCUCCCGCCAGAUAUGACUCCAUCGCAGUUUGUUUCUUCUGCAUUGCGCACGCUACAGAACCUUCCCGCCUUGAAGGAACUUACAUUGAUAAAUGCACUCCGCAUUGACAAGCCCGCCGAUAUAGACAUCGAUAGAAUACCACUCCCACAUCUCGAAUCGCUCCUUCUCGUUGACACUGGCGACAUCUGUAGCCACCUCUUCUCGCAGCUAGAGAUCCCUUGCGCGACUUCCAUCUGGCUCCGGACCUCACUCACUACGGAAGUUGAGUCGUCCCUCGUGCGGGUACUAGGAGUGCAUCUACGCAGGGCUCCUUUUGCAUCUCUCCCCGAGUUGUCAAUUGACCUUCGGACCACAAAUAUGUUUCACUUCUCAAAGACCCGUGUCAACGAACAGGUGAAUCCUCUCACGCCCGCUCGACGCAUAUAUGUUUGUAUAUCCUCCACUACGGCGAGCUCUAUCGCGAUGAGGUUGUUGUCUGAGGCACAGCUCGAGAACGUCCGCCACAUUCACUGCCUCGGCCUGAGCAUUGGAAACUGGCAAGCUCAUUAUGACGUCUUGCUACCCGCUCGUUCCGUCACUCACGUCGAACUGUCCGGGGACGGUGCUCGGAACAUCAUCACUGCAAUGAUACCCGGUGCGAACGCUCAAGUCGGGCUUUUGCCUCAGGACGGCACAGGAACGUCGCCUUCGUCCGGUCUUGUUAACGAUCGGCUGUUGUUCCCGAACUUGCAGUCGUUGGACUGUACAAAGGUGGCUUUUCAUGAAAUCAUAGCCGAUAACCCCACUGGGGCUGAAGCCCCUCUCCACGACAUCCUCUCGCGCGCGUUGGCCUGUCGCAAACUCAAGGACUUGAACAUUCGUGGCUGCGACGUCCUGGAAGAAUGGGUGUCCGAGUGGAGAAGAUAUCCUCUCGCUGAGAAGAUUGAGUGGGACGAAAGGGAAGGCGCGCUCGAGGUCGAUGGAGAAGAUGAAGAGGAGUCCGAGGAGGAAGAUUCCCAAGACGAUGAACUGAACGGCAUGACUGUCUCUUGA